ACCGCUCCCGUUGGAUGCAGCUGCGGAACGGCGAGAGAGACUGAACGGUGAUUGAAAGAGGAAAGUUGAACGGCGGUGGCGGCAGCCAUCUUAGAACUACCGUACUAAUCCGAGAUAUACAUCUCCUGGAUCAUUUUAAACACCAAGCGAAAUUAGAUUUUAUCGGGCAAGAGGAGACAGAGUUACGUUGUUUACAUCGUUCGGUGUUUUUAUUACGAAGGCGCGAUGCGGAUCGGCGGGUUGAAACCUUUCGCUUCUGCAGUCGGUGUGCUUUUAGGACUAUUAUGCGCGGUGGACGCAUCCAAAGUAAAUAAGCACAAGCCAUGGAUUGAGACCACAUAUCACGGUAUUGUGACAGAAAAUGAUGACAAAGUUCUCCUGGAUCCUCCACUGAUAGCUUUGGAUAAAGAUGCUCCAUUGCGCUAUGCAGAGAGUUUUGAGGUGACCUUCACCAAAGAAGGAGAGAUCUGCGGCUUUAGGAUUCAUGGGCAGAACGUGCCAUUUGAAGCGGUGGUGCUGGAUAAGUCCACUGGAGAGGGGGUGAUCCGAGCCAAGGACAAACUGGACUGUGAGCUGCAGAAGGAGCACACCUUCACCAUUCAGGCAUAUGACUGCGGAGAGGGACCUGAUGGAGGCAACAUGAAGAAGUCUCACAAGGCUACCGUCCACAUCCAAGUGAAUGACAUGAACGAGUACUCGCCAGUGUUCAAAGAAAAGUCCUACAAAGCCACAGUGAUUGAGGGCAAAAAGUACGACAGCAUCCUGAAGGUGGAAGCAGUAGACGCUGACUGCUCUUUCCAGUUCAGUCAGAUCUGCAGCUAUGAGAUUGUCACCCCUGAUGUGCCCUUCACUAUUGACAAGGAUGGCAACAUCAAGAACACAGAGAAGCUGAACUACAGCAAGGAACGCAUGUAUAAACUCGCUGUGACUGCAUAUGACUGCGGUAAAAACCGCGCCUCUGAGGACGUCCUUGUCAAAAUCAACAUCAAGCCCAUCUGCAAACCAAGCUGGCAAGGAUUCAAUAAAAGGAUUGAGUAUGAGCCUGGCACAGGAAGUCUAGCCCUGUUUCCCAGCAUGCACCUGGAGACCUGUGAUGAGCCAAUUACUUCCAUUCAGGCCAGUAUCAUGCUGGAGACCAAUCACAUCGGCAAGGGCUGCGACAGAGACACAUACUCAGAAAAAUCCCUGCACAAGCUUUGUGGUGCCAGCGCUGGCACUGUUGAACUGUUGCCUGCUCCCAGCAAUGCUGCCAACUGGACUGUUGGCUUGCCCACUGACAACGGGCAUGACAGUGACCAGGUGUUUGAAUUCAAUGGCACUCAGGCCAUUAAGGUUCCUGAAGGUGUGGUGAGCACCAGCCUGAAGGAUCCCUUCACCAUCUCAGUGUGGAUGAGACAUGGACCUGGAGGCAGGGAGAAGGAAACCAUCCUUUGCAACUCUGACAAGACCGAGAUGAACAGGCACCACUAUUCCCUGUACGUACACAACUGUCGACUUGUGCUACUACUGCGUCAGGACCCCACCGAAUCUGAGAACUACAAACCUGCUGAAUUCCACUGGAAACUUGACCAAGUGUGUGAUAAAGAGUGGCAUCACUACGUACUGAACAUUGAGUUCCCAGCAGUGUCUCUGUUUGUGGAUGGUGCCACAUUUGAUCCCUUCCUGGUCACGGAGGAUUAUCCUCUGCACGCUUCCAAGAUCGAAACCCAGCUCACCAUCGGUGCCUGCUGGCAAGACCUCUCAGGACAUGACAAUGAUACUGAGACACUCUCAGAGCCUUUGACAGGUGGCAGCGCCCGCAUGGCUCAGUACUUCAGAGGCAACCUGGCUGGACUCAUGAUCCGCUCUGGGAAACUGGAGAACAAGAAGGUUAUUGAUUGUCUGUACACCUGCAAGGAAGGUCUUGACGUGCAGCUUCCAGAGGAGGUGGCUUCUGCUGUGAAGGUGGAGUUUAACCCCAACCAAUCUUCUCUGAGCCUGGAUGGAGAUGACAUUGAGAGCUUUGAGAAGGUCAUGCAACACAUCUCCUACCUGAACUCGCGGCAGUUCCCCACCCCAGGAAUCCGCCACCUACGAGUCACCACCACUGUCAAAUGUUUCAAUGAGGAGACGUGUAUCUCCGUACCUGAGGCUGAAGGCUACGUAAUGGUUCUCCAGCCAGAGGAGCCAAAGAUCAGCCUCAGUGGAAUUGACCAUUUUGCCCGUGGAGCGGUUGAAUUUGAGAGCACUGAGGGCGUAACACUCUUCCCUGAGCUGCGCAUCGUCAGCACCAUCACCCGUGAGGUUGAGGUUGAAGCCGAGACCAAGGCUGAGGGAGAGGAUGACCCUACAGUGCAAGAGACAGUUGUAUCUGAGGAGAUCAUGCAUAACUUGGACACCUGUGAGGUGACGGUAGUAGGAGAUGAUCUGAAUGGAGAUCAUGAGAGUCUGGAGGUGGAUCUAGCCCAAAUCCAGCAGAGAGGUCUGGAGAUGAGCUCUUCUAAUGUGGGCAUGGUCAUUACAGGUGUUAACACCAUGGUGAACUUUGAGCAGGUCCUGCAUCUGAUCCGCUACAGGAAUUGGCACACAGAGGCUCUGUUUGACAGGAAGUUCAAACUGGUCUGUUCUGAACUCAAUGGGCGCUACAUCAGCAAUGAAUUCAAAGUGGAGGUCAACGUGAUCCACACAGCCAACCCUAUUGAUCAUGCCAACAAUGCUAUGGUUCAACCUCAGUUCAUCAACCAAAUCCAGCAUGCUUCAGUGGACCUGUCUGGACACAACCUGGUCAACACACAUCAGGCUUCAGUUGUCCCUAGUGCCGCCACCAUCGUUAUCAUGGUGUGCGUGAGCUUCUUGGUGUUUAUGAUCAUCCUGGGUGUGUUCCGUAUCCGUGCUGCUCACCAGAGCACCAUGAGGGACCAGGAAAAUGGCAAAGAGAAUGAGAUGGACUGGGAUGACUCAGCCCUCACCAUCACUGUCAACCCUAUGGAGACUUAUGAAGACCAGCACAGCAGCGAGGAGGAUGGAGAAGAGGAAGAGGAGGAGAGCGAGGAUGGAGAGGAGGAAGAUGACAUAACCAGUGUGGAAUCAGACAGUAGUGAGGAUGAAGGCGGAGAACAGGAGAAUCAACAGGGUUCGAGCAGACAGCAGCAGCUGGAGUGGGACGACUCCACCCUAACCUACUGAUACACCUGAGCACACAAUACAAUUUAAUAACACACAGAUACACACACACAAAUCCACCCACACACAGUCACACCCCUCUGCCAAUGGGGACGCCCAUGUUUCCCUUACAGUCCCUACCUAAGGAGCCAUGCGUAAAAACAACGUAAACGCGGAAAACUAAAUAAUUAUACAAUGUAUGUAAAAUAUAGAUGCGAUAUAUCUGGUGUCUGUCGUGACAGGUGUUGCAGUCAGCUUAAUUUCCAGUGGCCGAGGAUUCCCUAAUGACAUCUUAUUGUGGUGGUAUUCAGUGUAGUAUAGUUAUCACAUGGUGUCUCAAUCUAAGUUCCUAAUUUAUUGAAACUUUUCCUAGGGAAUCCAAGGGAAACCUGGCCUAUAUUUGCAUUUCUUUUGAAGCCGUGUAGGGACACAUCCCUGCACUUAUACUUUUCACAUUCAGCUCUAUCAAAUCGAAAAUGAUUUAAUGUAUAUUCCUUGCACAUGAAUUUUAGAUUGAUUUGCUACAAAGUUUAGAAGACUUUUAAAAGAGAUAGUUCACCCAAAUAUUUAAAUUCCGUGAUCAUUUACUUCCUGUUGUUUCAAACCUGUAUGACUUUCUUUCUUCCAAGGAAUGUAAGCCACGGUCAUCAUAUGCUUUCAUUGCUUUUUUUUUUCCUUCAUACAGUGGAAGUUAAUGGUAACUGAGACUAACAUUACCUGACAUCUUCUUUUGUGUUCCAUGAAAAAAAAAAAAUUCAAUAUGGGUUUGGAACGAUAUGAGGGUGAGUAAAUGAUGACGGGAUUUUCAUUUUUGAGUGAACUGUCCCUUUAACUCUUUGCUUUUUUGGGUACUGGUGUUGUGCUCCGUAAAGAAGAAAGAGGUGAUGCUUUUUGGUCACUUUUUUUCCCUCCUAUCUUUAUAUUGCAUGGCAAGAUUUGCAAUCAUGGGUAUGAAAGAAUACAGUUGCUUUUUGAUAUUUUGUAAAUAUGAUGAAACCAUGUAAUUAGUCAAUGUGUUAGUGAAAACCUAACCAAACGGUUUCCGGUAUCUAAAAAGACACCUGCUGUAGAAUAUUUAUGUCAAGAGAUGCUCUUAGCAUGUUUCAAAACAUUCGGUGAAACUCUUCUGUCAUGCUUGUAUGGGACAUCCGCUUCACAGAAAGAAACCCAUGACAGAGGCCGAGGUUUCUGUGGAGGUGGGUGUGCAUCUUUGUUGUUUUAUUUUUAAUUUACUGUAGUAGUGUUGGUGGGCGUGCUUUGGCUAUACAUAUGCUAAUUCUGGCUGAGCUUGCAAUGGCACAAAUGCUACACCAAGGCUUCAAUGUAUUUAAGUCAGUGAAGGCCCAUUGUGGCACAGACGUUUGUUUUGGAGACUAAUAAUGACAUUCAGGUUGUUUUACGCAUGGUACUGUAUGUUGUACUGUUUGGCACACUGCAGUUAUUUAAGCCAUUCUUAAGUGAUUGUGUGUGUAUUUUCUGUUAUAAAUAGAGACCAAUUGGAAUCACAAUAUGCACUCUCAUAAUCCAGUUUAGUUUAAGGCCAAAGCAUACUUGUUUUCCGCGUGCCAGUGUGCGUGACGCAUAUUUCGCUCCGUUUUUCUAGACACAUGGACAGGAUGGCAGGGGAAGUGUCAUUUUUAUUCAUGAGGAAAGCCUAACCAAUCUGGUAGAGCAUUCCUCAUAAAUAAGAAUGAGGCUGCGUCUGCAAUGGCAUACUACCAUACUACUCUUACUAGUUGUGCCAUAUGGCAGAAGUUGUAAGAGUUGAAUUGGUAGCCUGAGUCUGAGCUCAAGAUUCAACUGAACUGAAUAGAAAUUAAUGGGGGUUUAAUUAUUGUAUGACAAAUUUUGUGAACUUUAUAAUUCUUUUUUUGUUUUUUGCAAAUUCAGGGUUAACCCAAUGUCAUUCAGUUAUUUGGAAUGUUUGUCAUUUCAAGGCCCCUAAAAAUUCUUCGCAUUAAAAAGGGAUAACCCUUUCCAGAAAUUAAGUUCAAGUUACUGGUUGAACAGUACUCUUUAAACAAACAAAAUAUUUUUGCAGUAUGGCCGCUAUAUUUUAUUGUACAUGGAACUGUACUGUAGAGUUGUGUAAAGAUAUUUGUUUACAUUUAGUAAACCUUUAUUCCUUUUUGGUGAUGAUAUACUCCAUAUUUGCAGGGCAUUUCUCCAUGUAGUUGCUCAAAAGCAUUUCAUUCUCUUACUGUGAUUGAACAUUUUGGGAUACCCCCCGAUAUAGCCAGUUAUUGGGAAAACUCUGAAUUCUCAGUUCCCUAUUGGCUUGAAAAGAAUGCUAAUUAUUAUUAGUAAAGAGUUAUAAUUGUUUAGUAAAGAGAGACAUGAAGCUUUAGGGUACUUCAUUCAGAAUACCAUUUUUUGUUUACAUGCAUGAAAACUCUCGGUUUAAGGCCUAAACUAAAUGGUUUUGUUGUAAUUGGUAGUAUGAAUAUAAUUUUAUGUUUUUCAGAAAAGGCACAAUGUGGGAUGUUGUCAAGAAGGUUUAUUCUCUAAUAGAAGGUCUAUUUUUGUGACCCAUGGAACGGCAAUGGGAGAUUUUUCAGAAAUGUCAGCUAUUUCUUUUUAUUUUUCUGUACUUAUUACUUUUUGUUACACAUUUUGUUCAACUGGUCCCCCCUAAAAUUAAUCAGGCCUUAAACGGAUGUCCAAAUUUCAGCUUGUGGAUUUGGGAGUGCCUUUUGCCUAUCACAGCUCAUUAACACAACUAACUAAACACUCAUCAAUGCCAUUUUAGUUGUUGCAUUUUUCACAUUUUAUAAUUAUAUAAUAUUAGAUUUCUUACAAGUUUGGGGAUGUAAUUUUAUUUAAUUUUAUGUUGAAGUAGGGGUCAACAGCUAUAAUUUUAACAAGAGUGAGCAUUUUAAGUGUCCUGCAUAGAUGUGUUGUGUUCAUGUUGUUGUGUAGAAAAUAUAGGUCCAUACUGUAUCAUCAAUGAAUAUUGUAUUAAAUCAUGUUUGAGGAAAUCCACUUCUAAAAAGAUGUACAUUUAUUGAAAUUCUUUAGGCAGCAUAUGUGGGUAUGAAUUUAACAAUUUGUGUAAAAGUGAAAGGUGAUGUUGAAGUGUAUUUCCUGAAGAAGGUGUUGAGGGCAGCAUGAAUCCGAUACAUGAUGGGAUUUCUGACACAAAUUCUCACUUUUCAUACUGUAUUUUUAUUCUCAGCUUACAUUCAUUUAGUUUAUAAUCUGUUUGAUCGAUGCAGACCAUUCCAUUAGAACACAUUUGGUAUAAUCAAUGUUUGUGAUGAAAAUCGCACAAUUGUUUAUCUCUUCCACAUCCACCCGCCCCCCCCCAACAAAUAUUAAUCUGCAGGUUCUCAGUCUUGUGUAAUGUAUUUCAAAUAAUGUGAUUUUGUAAUCUGAUUUGACAAUUUUAAGAUGCUGACGCAGAAAUGUUCCAAAACAAAUGUUCUGUGGUUGGUUUGAACAGCAGCAGAAGGUGGAUAUUUAAAGGGGUAUUUUCUUUGCAUGUAACAGAUAUACAUAUUUCUUGUAAAUGACACAUGGAACAGUGGGUUUGGAAUGUUUCGGAUUGGUCGGGAGACUGAUUAUACUACUGAAUCAAAGAUUAGCUGUCACAGAUUUGCAACGGUCAUUGCUCACUUUUUGAAUAAUUUUUUUUGGUUUUUUUUGUUUUAGAAAUGAAAACUGGGGAUGUUGUAGAAUUUUUGGAUGCUGGCCUCAAGCUCAUUCACUUUUCUAUUAUUCAGAGGAAAAUUAUAGUGAAGUUGAUGCUUGCUCAUGAAUAAAGGAUAAUGAGAUGGAAAUAAAA